AUGGGGCACCUGAAGAAGGCUGGCUACAUUCUGAGCUAUAGGAAUGGAACUUGGACGGUUCCAAAACUAACGGUUGAGAAAGAGAGAAACGUCCCGCCACCCACGCGCAGGAGCGCAAUUGAUAUCUGCACAUGCCUGCCGGGAGAGGCGAGCGUGAAAGCGUGUGGCAGCAGCGUCAUCAUGUAUCCUUCAAGACCCAUGUUUCGAGGUGGUGCUGCUUUCCCACGGUCUCAUGAAGGCAAUGUGACCGAGUCUAUGCCACAACUGCCUGUGGUUGACAACACAUAUAGUAGAGGAAGGACCUUUCUUUCAGCUGACAGAAUGCAGAGACUGCAGAAGAUGGUAGAAAAGCCUCCUGGGAGUAUGCAGCAGGAUUCUUGCAUAUCUACCUCGACUCUAUCAUCCAUGUUCCGAGGACUUGGUUUUGAGAGAUCCCACAAACUUCCAUUGGGACGAGGCAUUUUGGGUAGAGGAAUGAGUGAUAUAGAAGUCAAACCCAAAGUGGAGUUAACAGGUCAGACGGCACUUAUGCAAUCAAGAGCAGGGCCGGCUGGAGACUGCAAGGUGGAAAGAAUCCUUUUAGGCCGUGGCAGAACACUAGACCUCAAGGAAGGCGAAACACCCUUUGUUGCCCUUGGAAGAUCGGCUAUGGGACUUGGCAGGGCCCAUGGAAACACCUCUGCCUUGAAUGCAGCAGUUCUGCAAUCAGCACCUCUUAAAAAACCCAGUUCAGAAGUUCCUGUAGCAGUUUCUGAAGCACAGCUGGCAAGAAAAGAGCCACUAAUGAAGCAAGGUUCCAAGGGGAUUCCAGUUCCGUUGGCAAUUAAUGUGGUUAAAAUACACUGUCAAAAUGAAGCUGUGUACCAAUAUCAUGUGUCAUUCAGCCCUAAUGUGGAAUGCAAGAGCAUGCGGUUUGCUAUGCUGAAGGAGCUCAAAUCAGUGACAGGGGAUGUUACUGCAUUUGAUGGUUUUAUACUCUAUUUGCCUAUCAAGCUGUCCCAGUUGCAGGUUAUUAAUGCUCGAACCAUCACAACUCAACCCAACAAACUUAGGAGCAUAGCGCAGAAAGUUCUGCUUCAGAUCAACUGCAAGCUGGGAGGAGAACUCUGGGGUGUAGACAUCCCUUUGAAACAGUUGAUGGUGAUUGGAAUGGAUGUGUAUCAUGAUCCUAGCAGAGGAAAACGCUCUGUGGUUGGCUUUGUGGCAAGUAUCAAUCAGACUUUGACAAGGUGGUACUCAAGAGUCGUAUUCCAGAUGCCUCAUCAAGAAAUUAUAGAUAGCCUGAAAGUCUGUCUGGUGGCUUCCUUGCAGAAAUUCCAUGAGGUCAACCACUGCCUCCCUGAGAAGAUAGUUGUGUACAGAGAUGGAGUUUCAGAGAGCCAGCUGAAAAUGGUUGAAAGCUAUGAAAUUCCUCAACUACAGAAAUGCUUUGAAACUUUUGAGAAAUAUGACCCUAAAAUGGUGGUGUUUGUAGUGCAGAAGAAAAUCAGUACCAACAUCUACUCAGCAGUCACUAAUCACUUUACAACUCCUCCUCCAGGCACAGUGGUAGACCACACGGUCACUAGCCGAGACUGGGUUGAUUUUUACUUGAUUGCUCACCAUGCACGACAGGGUUGUGGCAUUCCUACUCACUAUGUUUGUGUGAGAAAUACUGCCAACCUCAGUCCUGAUCACAUGCAAAGGUUAACUUUCAAGCUUUGCCACAUGUACUGGAAUUGGCCAGGUACUGUCAGAGUUCCAGCCCCCUGCAAGUAUGCUCACAAGCUGGCAUUUCUCUCUGGGCAAGUUCUGCACCAAGAGCCAAAUAUUGAACUUUGUGAGAACCUCUUUUUUCUAUAACCUAGACUGCGAGGAUCACGGAGAGACAGUACCUUGUCAGAUAUGAGAGGGAACUCCUCUGCAUUAUCCUAUGUUUACAGCUGAUGAAAGACACUUACUUUGCUUUCCAUAAUCAACAGAAAUGUGGGCUAAGCAAUCCUAAACACAUUUUAUUUGGAAGUAAAUGCACAGAGAUUUUUCAGUUUCAUGACUAUAUACUUAGCUGGGAUGGCAGACUGCUUCAACCUUUCUAUUGGUGAAACUGCAAUUUUAGGAAGGACCAAGUUGAAUAUUUUGUAUUUCAGUUGAUACAUAUCUUCUUUCCCUCCACCGCUUUCUUCAAAUCCAGGAUCAGACUAGUAGCAUAUUUUAAGUUUUAAGUGGUAGCUGCCAGAUUGCAAGAAUAAAGCCCUGUACAAACUUCCCCCAGCUGCAUAAAAAUAUUUUACUUUGUAAGAAUAACUUUAGGAUAUUUUUAAUGGUUGUACAC